AUGUCACAGAGGAGACCUUUCAAGGAUAUUGAAUUGACACGUCCGGCCUUCGACCGCUCAAGCAGAUUUGCCCUGACAGCUACCGUCUCCCCUGACUGGCAAUGGGGCGGCGGCGCCAACGACCAAGGCUCUGGAUUCGAAAAGAAGCACAUCGAAAUCGACCCGAAUGCACCAGGGCGACCUGUCACGAGCAAUUACAAAUUGUUGAUUUCAGGCAUCAUCCCCAGGCCGAUCGGCUUUCUCAGUACUCAAAGUGAGGAUGGCGCCUCGCAGAACCUGGCCCCGUUCAGCUACAUGCAGGUUGUCAAUCACGACCCUCCGGUAUUUGUGGUGGGAAUAGUUGGAUCGAAUGACAAGGACACCUUGAAGAACCUGAAAGCAACCGCCGAAUGCGUCAUCAACACGAUUAGCGAACAUUUCGUCGAGGCUGCUAACGCCGCCGCCAUUGACGCUCCCUACGGUGUGAGCGAGUGGCAGCUGACAGGGUUGACGCCAGCGCCUUGUCGAGAAGUCCGGUGCCCUCGAGUCAAAGAGAGCAUCUUCAGUAUAGAAGGGAAGCUCCUCGAGAUCAAAGAUUUUGAGAGCAAAAGCACAAGGGGGGCCAAAUCUGGAUCCAUGGCCAUCGUAGAAGGAGUACGUUUCUGGAUUCGCGAGGAUGCCCUCAGCGAAGACCAAGCCACCAUUGAUCCAGCUGUAUUGCGUCCUGUUUCUAGAUUAGGGGGAAUCACAUACGGGCGGACUACAGAGGCCUUCGAGAUACCUAGGCCUAAAUACGCAGAGCACCGAGACCACCUUGCAAGUAGACAGCGCAAGAAUUAA